UGUGUGCGCGCGCGCGGAGACUCCGGGAGCGCACAGAUCAAGAGCUCAGUUUCAUCCAGCCCUGCUCUCUGGCUUUUUCUGACGCGUUGGAACAAGUGUCCGCGGCUUUUGUGCGGGAUUCACGGACUCACUGCGCGGGGAGGAUGCACGCGCGCUCGCAGGCACGGAAGGCGCCGACGGAAUAUAAACGAUCGUUAUAACCUUCUCCAGAUUUCAUUGGAUUUGAAGCGAUGACGGAUUCAUUUCGCGCGCACUUUCUAUCGUCGGAGUAAAUCUAAAAGAAGACGCGCGUCUCAGUGUGUGUGUGUGUGUGUGUGUGUGUGUGGGAAAGUGGAUCAUGAGCUUCACUCCGGCGUUUGUGUGUUUCUGCGCCUUUUCUAACAGAUCUGAGUACUCAGCGAUCAUGAAAAGAUCAGACGGUGUGGAUUAGACCUUUUUUUAUUCCUGACUUUUUUCUUUCUGGACAUCGUCGCUCUCCUUUCUCUCUCCAUGUGGGAUGUAACGGAGCUUCUCCUCGGCGGUCUGGAAUGAAAUGAUGGCGACGCGUCAGGGUGAUGACGGGGAACAUGAAGCCACGCCCCCAGGGUGUGAGUGUAAGAAGGAUGGUCCGAGUGAGCUGUCCCCCAUGUCCCCUAUAUCCCCCGUGUCCCCCAUGUCCCCGGCACCUGUGGAGCAGCUCUUCUCCUGGCCUGGACCUAAAACUCUGCACCUACACAGAACCUCGCAGGGCUUCGGCUUCACGCUGCGCCACUUCAUUGUCUACCCUCCUGAGUCUGCUGUACACUCCUCCUUUAAGGAUGAAGACAAUGGAAGUCGAGGGAGGCCGCGAUGUCGUCUUGAGCCGAUGGACACUAUCUUUGUGAAGCAGGUGAAGGAGGGAGGCUCCGCCCACCAAGCCGGGCUUUGCACGGGUGAUCGUAUAGUGAAGGUGAACGGUGAGAGCAUCAUCGGGAAAACAUACUCACAAGUCAUAGCACUCAUACAGAACAGUGACACGUCUCUGGAGCUCUGUGUGAUGCCUAAAGAUGAAGACAUUUUGCAGUUGUUCUCCCGGGACAUCACAGCCCUGGCCUAUUCCAAAGAUGCAUAUCUCAAAGGGAAUGAAGCAUAUAGUGGAAAUGCACAGAACAUCCCAGAACCUCCUCCUAUCUGCUACCCUCGGAUAGAGCCUAAGCCAUCAGGGAUGACGCACACCGAUGAACCGUCUGCCCCCGCGGGAGCUCACGGAGUGUUAUCCCAAGGGGCGGAGCCAAGCUCUGAUGUUGUCUAUUCUGUGGAAGUCCCUAUUACACAGUUGUCUCCAUCUCCUCCUCGCUCCCAGGUCUCCAAACUCCAGACUGUUGCAUGCGUAUAUGAUGAAAGUGUGCGGGUAGCAGAGGCGGAGGUUUCGGAUUCUCUGGAACGUUCUCCUCACCCGCAUGGCGCAAACACUAAUCACAGGCCUCUUUGUACCUCGUCCCUUGAAAACCUUUCCUCGGUCCGUCCGAGAUCCCAAACCACGCCUUCUUCUGCCAGAGGGACGCAGUUUCACUACACACCAAAAAGACCGUCAGAAUCCCCGGGAUUCUCCACACACAUUCCUCAGUUUCACCCUGGCUCCACAUCCACGCCUUCCGGUAGACAUGCCGUGAGCCCUUUCACGCCCUCUCCUCCAGCUAUUGCAUCAUCUCCUUGCUCCCCAAUGCACCAGAACAUCGACUGGAGAAAUUACACCACCUACAAGGAGUACAUCGACAACAAGCGCCUUUAUACCUAUGGUAGUAGAACCAUCCAGGAAAGACUGGACAGCCUGCGGGCGGCAAGCCAAACUAAUAAAGCAAACACGAGUACAGAGGGCAUGAAUGGAUCCCAGCCAAGGCAGAGGAGCAUGUGUCAUGAGCGAGGUCCUGCAAAUUCUGGAGUCCAGUCUCUAUGCAGCAAGUCUCAGGAAAGACUGGAAGUAAAGGAACGAGCAACAUCAAGGAACUGGCAUCGGAGCGCAUCACAGGAUGCGCUUCCUUCAUCCACAAAGAACACAAACAAACCUCGGGCAAGAUCCUGCGACUACCUGGGCAGACAGGCUGAGAGCAGGGUGUCGCUGUUGGACAGAAGGGUUUAUGGAAGGACAGAGACGGAGGAGAAGGCACUUAUUUGCACGGGAGAAGAGACCAGAGACUGCAGGCAGUUGCACUCGUUAGGCAAAGGGGCACAGACUCAAAGGACCAUGGUGGGUGGAUACGGCAGUUUCCCAGGACUAAAUGCUAAAAGUAAAGGUACUGAUCCAAUUCUAAGCCCCAGAGUGGAGAGUCUGGAUAACGCUGCUGCUUCUAAGUCAGGGCUUCCUAUUCAGACCUCCAUACUGGACGACUCUUAUGUAGCCAAGGCUCUCGCUUCCUUAAACACGGGUGUCACCACAGCCUCGUUGACAACAAAAAACCAAAGAACUGCCAUUGUGCCAAAUCACAUGUCUCCUGGACAACAACCUGACAGUCCUGACCGCUCCAAAAGUCAAAGGACACAGCAGCAAGGGUCUUCAGUAGCCACUAAUGGCUCGGUUCUGGAAGGUCUCGAAGGUGCUGAGGCUACAGUGGUGGUGGUGAGGAGGGAGAAAACAAAAAAGUCAGGUCCUUUACCUCUCAGACACCCAUCCUACAUCCAGGCUGUGAGUGAUGGAGCAGGUCGAGUGGAGAAUAUCACAAAGACGACAAAGUGUUGGUGGUCUAACGAUGCUGUGCAAGACGGGUUCACACACUGGUUCGGAGAGGAAUACAAACCCUUGGGAUCCGGCCAACUCCAUGAGUCGCUCGACUCUAUCCCCUUCAUUGACGAGCCGUCCAGCCCCAGCGCCGAUCUCGAUGACACACACUUCCCCGUUUGCACCAUCAUCUCGGCCAUUCCUCCAAGCCCCGCCUCCUCCUCUGCUAUCCUUCACCGCCAGCUCUCUCAUGGCCAAGACUCGUUGAGGUUCAUGGUUCAGGAUUCGGAUUCUGGCACCAAAACGGAGCGCUCCAAGUCCUACGAUGAGGGACUGGACACCUACAGGGAUAAAGGACAAGGGACACUGAUAAAGCACAUCGGUCUGAGAGGACUUAGGAAGACUGUGGAUCGGUCCUCAGAAGAUUCUGGCUCAAGGAGAAACUCUUUGUCUGACGUCUUUGUUCACGCUACUAAGGAGGGAGUCCUGCACUUCCGCCAGUUCAGCUCAGACAAGGGCAAGCGCAUAGGCGGUGGCAUGCGGCCGUGGAAACAGAUGUAUGCUGUGCUCCGUGGCCACGCCCUCUAUCUAUAUAAGGACAAAAAGGAGGGGCAAACCCCAAACUCGCACACAGAGGAGGAGCCUUUAUCCAUCAGCAUUAAGGCCUGUCUGAUCGACAUCUCCUACAGUGACACCAAGAGGAAGAACGUGCUGAGGCUGACCACGUCCGACUGCGAGUACCUGUUCCAGGCUGAGGACAGAGAGGACAUGCUGGCCUGGAUACGAGCCAUACAGGAGAACAGCAACCUGGAUGAGGAGAACGCCCUGAUUACCAGCACCGACCUCAUCAACCGCAAAAUCAAGGAGUACAACACUCUGAUGAGUCCAACCAGCAGUAAGACCGAGCCGUCCCCGAGGUCGUCUCGUCAGUCUCUGAGUAUCAGACACACCCUGCUGGGGGGAAACAAGACCCCGAGUCCUCACUCACCCCACAAGGAGCAGGAGAGGAGGAUCACACACAGAGAUGAAGCGAGUCCGCCGAAGGAUAAGGGACUGCGGAGGAAAGGGAUCCCGGGAUUGAUAAGGAAGCCGUUUGAGAAGAAAGUUGCUCCUGGAGUCACGUUUGGCGUGAGACUGGACGAUUGUCCUCCUGCUCACACGAACAGAUUUGUGCCCCUGAUUGUGGAGGUGUGCUGUAAGCUGGUGGAGGAGCGAGGGCUGGAGUACACGGGGAUUUACAGAGUGCCAGGGAACAACGCUGCCAUCUCCAGCAUGCAGGAAGAACUGAACCGAGGAGUGGGAGAGAUCGAUGUUCAGGAGGACAAAUGGAAGGACCUCAAUGUGAUCAGCAGUUUAUUAAAAUCUUUCUUCCGGAAGCUUCCUGAUCCUCUCUUCACCAAUGAGAAAUACGGCGACUUCAUCGAUGCGAACAGAACAGAGGAUCCAGUAGAGAGGCUGAAGGUCCUGAAGAGGCUGCUUCAUGAGCUGCCUGAUCAUCACUACGAGACACUGAAGUUCCUCUCUGCUCAUUUGAAAACUGUGGCUGAAAACUCUGAGAAGAACAAAAUGGAGCCACGGAACUUGGCCAUCGUGUUUGGCCCCACGCUGGUGCGCACAUCUGAGGACAACAUGACGCACAUGGUCACACACAUGCCUGAUCAGUACAAGAUUGUGGAGACGCUCAUUCAACAGUACGACUGGUUCUUCACUGAUGAUGGAGAGGAGGAACCAGAGACGGUGGUGCAGACCGAGAGCGCGGUGGAAACGCAGCCCGUUCCCAACAUUGACCACUUGCUCACCAACAUCGGCCGCACCGGCGUCUCUCCAGGAGAAGUUUCAGAUUCACCCACUAGUGAUUCUGCCAAAUCGAAGGGUUCGUGGGGGUCUGGGAAGGACCAGUACAGCCGCGAACUGGUCUCCUCCAUCUUUGCUGCAGCUAACCGGAAACGCAAGAAGCCCAAGGAGAAGCUGCAUAUUAGCAGCUCAGAUGAUGACCUGGAUGCUGUUUUUCUUGAGAGUGAGCUGCCGAACCAGAAACAAACAGGGCAGGAUUUAGCAGGAGACUCACAUGAUUUGAAAGAACCUGAAAAAACACCCAAGGGGCGCAAAGAACACAGGAACUCGUUCUUCUUGAAGAAACCAUCUCCUGUUAAGCUUUCCGAAUUCCAAAAAUACUCUACACUGCCCAAUCUCCGCCUCCGAACUCCAGCUCCUUCCAAAAGCUCCAUGUCUGAAUCACCCACUCAGGUGGAGGACCUUGGUUCCAUGACCCAUGGAACAUCUGGAUCCAGGAAUCGCUCCGGAAUUUGGGAGACAGCAGCUUCCUCUGCCACGGAUAUAACUCCUUCUGGUCCUGUCGGAGGAUCAGCCACGGCAGAAGUGAGCUCUAUUACCUCAGAUUACUCUACCACCUCCUCCAUGACAUUCCUGACGGGGGUUGAGUCGAGCGUUCUCAGUGCAGAUUUGCAGAGCCGAGGCGGAGACGAGGCCGAUGACGAGCGCAGUGAGCUUAUCAGUGAGGGACGACAAAUGGAGACGGACAGCGAGACCGAGUUUCCUGUGUUUAUCAGAGGUGCUACGACUCCUGUUACACCAUCCAAGGUUGUUCCUAGAAGGUCAGAGUGUACUAACAUUCAAAAACCUUUACACCGCUACAUCUUGCCUUCACAAAGGCUGACCACAUUCAAGAGGCGGUCCUUGCACCAGAAGACGGACAGUGAAUCGUCAUUAGAAGCAGGAGCCAGCCGAGAGGGACAGAGGAUAAGCCGAAGCGAACCAAGCCGACUAUCUCGCGUUCUAGAAGCAGUGAAAAAGGGCCGUUCUGUGGGAAGCAUCAGCUCCGUCUCUUCCUCCUCCCACAGCCAGACAGAACCAGCAAAGCGCCCAAGUAUCACAGAGAGGCUGAAGUCCCACUUCCGCUUGUCUGCAGACGAUAUGUUUGGCAUCGGGGGGCACAAAAAUAGCAGGAAGAAAGAGAAAAGGGUCCGUCGGAGACACACUGUGGGUGGGCAGCGGGACUUCUGUGAACUUGCGGUCAUUAACGACUGGCGUGAACAGGGUGGUACCGAGAAAGGGGCGGAGCUUUCAGACACAGACAGGCUCAAACUUCAAAACACUAGAGAUGUUUCAAUUCGGGACUGGAUCACCCGCGAGCACUGGCAUCCUGGGACUUUGCGGGAUAGUUCACAGGGGUCAAAGGUUGUGACAGGGACUGGCGAGGGUUCAAGUCGUCCUGCUUCUUCACCGAGUUGCCAGUCCAGUAUGGAUCAGUUGAAUGGGAGGCAACCAAAGUGCAAAGGCAGCCUGAACUCGGGCUCUGACGCUCACCCACAUAAACUGUCCGGGGCUCAAGUUGUGCGAUCCCAGUUUUACCAAUGUUUAUAGAUGUGUGUGUGUGUGUGUGUGUGU